UAGCGUGCUGGUUUCUCGGGCUUUCUUUCGUUUGUGUUCAUAAGCAAGAUGUAACAGUCUAGGGACAAGCCGGAGGUCAUGGACCAGAAGAAGAACAUACUCAAGCUUCCUCUUGAGUCGGGCAUUUCGGUUUCCAAAGCCGAGUUGAUCGACAGGCUCGCCGAAGGUGUUGAAGACAAGGACAGCUUCAAGCAACUGUGCAAGAGAAUCGAAAGGCUGCUACUUAAACAUCAAGACGAGGAGUACAAGGAGCUCAAGGCGACCUAUGCGAAGUUAAAUCCUCGUGACAGUGAGCUCCCAGUUGACGAGUUUAAUGUUGAAGCUCACGAGCAAAACUUUCUACCAAAGUUUUUCCAGCUCAUGGAGCGAGGGAGAUACAAGCAACUCACGGAUGAAGAGUGGAGUGUGGCGACCUCCAGCCGUUACCUUCUCAAACUUCGCAUUCGGAUUGACCGCAAUAAGCUCGACACGAGGCUCCUCUCCAAUUCCUUCGGGUUAAAACAAUCCCAGUUCACCAAAAACCAGUUUGUUAUCUUCCAUCGAGGUGUAAGCACUGACCAACAAUCUGGCUUGUAUGUCCUCCUGAAACUGGAGGCCCUCUGGAAAAGUCUGAAAAACUACAUUGUCCACGCCCUGUGCGAGAGGGUUGAAAUGCCGGUCGAACAGGCCACGCCUCCCAGGAGCGCACUGGAAGCUGGGGAGACGAGGUUUCAGGAAGUGGAAAGAUUUCAUGCGGGUGACAUCAGGCUAAGCGACCUCUUCCGCAAGGCGCGGGUACAGGAGCCUAUUUACAAGCACGUUGUGGUCCUCUACAAGCGCUUGGAGCAUGGAAUUCGUAUCAAGCACUACGUGGAUGUGCCUUUGGCGGACAUGGAGCUCGUACUCCCCGCGAAGAAAGCUCUUCGACCGAGUGGAGCAGACGUCUUGACUUUCGUCCUCUUCGUGAUCUUUGGCUCGGUUAUGUUUAAGGUCCUUCAGAGAAAGCAGCCAUCAGUAGCAGCUGCUAUCUUGGCAGCGUGCAUUCUUUACUGCGUAGCACUAGUAACAACCUUUGUACUACGGGUGCGAAGAAUCAAAAGGAUGCUAAAGGAAAAGCUCGUCCGUGACAAGAGAGUUGAAAAGCACCGGGACGUUUUGAUCAGCUUGAUCAAGGACACGAUUCAGCAAGAGGUGAAGUUGGCGAUUGUGGCUUAUUUCGCUCUCAUGAAAACAGCGCAUGGAGCAGCCUCCAAGGAGGAUCUGUACUUUAAAUGCAGGCAGCUAAUGGAGGACAAAUUCAAAGACAAGUUGAUGCUUGGAUUGGACGAGACGCUCGUCAAUCUGGACAAGCUUGGGAUCAUCUGGCGAGACGAAAAGGGAGCAAUUCGCCACACCGAGGCAAACCAAGUAACCGACAACCACUUCGUUCCACUCGAGGAUUAGGAGGUUAUGUUUUCUAGUUUCUCUUCUUUUUUCUUUUUCUUUCGUGCCUGUCACCGCCAGAGGCCUGUUCUUUCCAUAACGAUCAGAGACUUCUUCAAGCUAGCUGUAGCUAUGGCUUCGGCGACCAAUCUUUUCUUUUCUUCGUAACGAUCCAGGCUCAGAGACCAUGUCUGUGUUGGCCGGAAAGAAAAAAAAAUGAAAAAGAAAGCUCCGUGAUCCAGAGACAUUUGUUUGGGUU